ACAUCACUGCUAUCUGUUAUCAUUUCUACAAGCACCUGUGUAUUGUUUCAGUUAUGAUGUGUGUAUAAACAAAUAUAUUUCUAGUGCUAUAUUGCAUGAUGUGAUUUUGACAAGAAAGGAAAUAAAGAACUGAAGAGACGUCAUGUAAAAUGAGCAAUGUUAGCGUCCGACACUGAGAUUAGAAGCACGGUACUAAAACUUUAUGAUGACGUCAUCGAGGCGUGUAUGGCUUUGGAUAGUCUUCCGGAAAUUGUCCGUGACGCUGUUGAUACAAACUAUCGCAACGAACUGGAGAAAUUAACAUGGAAACGGGAAGCAUUAUCUGAUGAGCCGUGUCAAGUGGUUGUAUCAGGAGAAAUUUCCUCCGGAAAAUCAUCAUUGUUGAACUUUAUGAUUGGAACGGAUGUGCUUCCAACAUCAGUUCUAGAGAGCAGAAGUGUUCCCUGUCGCCUGCGAUACUCUUCAGAAAAGCGCGCCAACUUGAUUGAUGCCUCAGGUAAUGUGAUAGAAAGUGUACGAUUUACUGAGAACGAAGAGGCUUUAAACAGACUGAGGACAAUCAUAGGAGGAAAUCAACAUAUUGACGGUCUUUCUCAUAUAGAUAUAUUCCUUGAAGAAAGCGCAUUGCAGGGUAAUGUAGUUUUGGUAGAUACACCCGGAAUAAAAGAAGAGGAUGACGACGACAACACGCAACUGUUUUACCAUCUUCGGAAGGCCUCGGCUUUUAUUUAUAUCAUCAAGACUGACAGCGCAGGAGGAACACACAAACUCUUCAAGAUUAAAAAAAGGGUAAAGGAAUUGAAAAUUGACGGAGAAACGGAAUUGAAUCCCGACUGUAUUUUAUAUGUCUGUAACAAAUGGGACCAAGUGGAUGAUAGCGAAGACGAAAAAGUAUUUGUGGAAAUUAGGUCAAAGUUACGAAGAAAUGGAAUCGAGGUCAGGGAUGGACAACUACUAAAACUUAGUGUCAGAAAGGAAAAGAAAAAGCGAAAAAGAGGAAAACCCCUGUCGGAACAAUACGAGCUGUUUAUAAAGAAAGUCCGAGAUCUGAUUACGAUAUCUGUGAGGGACAGAUAUAAAAAAGAGUGCCAAUGGCUUGAGAGGACAAUAAAAGGCAUCCAUUCCAUCGUGGAAGUAUAUUAUGGAAAUGUGUCAAAAACGUUAAAUGAAAGAAUGAAAAUCCAAAGGGAUUACAGCCACAAAAUGGCGUCUCUGGAGGAGAUGGUGGAGAAGCCAAAAAUAAAAUUAUGCAAAGAUGUCAUUCAGAUAUAUGCAAAACUAUCGGCUGAUUUACAUAAACACUUACGAGCGAAAGAAACCUGUGCAUCAAUAAUUGAGAAAUGUAAAUUUGAAAUAGAACGAACAAUUGCUGUUAAACAUCCUGGAAACCUUGAUGAGAUGACAAACAUUUCAGUUAGCUUGCUGCAACAUAUCAUCAACGAAGUAAUCACGGAGUGGAGGGAGGUGAAUGACGUAGAUAACGCAUGCACAGAAGUUAAAAUGAAAGCUCUCGGUAGUUUUCGUGAGCUGGAAAAGAAUAUCGAGAAGGAGUUGACAGACUCCAGUGAAAGUGCAUCCUCUGCAAAAUCUUAUGGAAGUGCACAAGUCCCAGUAUUAGGGUUGGAUCAAACUUGUCAAGACGUUGGUGAGCAUAAAGAGAACCGGCUUUUCACAAGAGUUGAGAAGAUUGGGAUAAGUCUUACAAUGCCUCUUUGGUUUCCCAUUGCGAUCACAGCCAGUUUGUUUGUGGUUCCUGUUGGUUUAGUAAAAGUUCUUUCCAAGAAGUUAAGCAACAGAAAGGAAAUCUCUAACUUCAGAGAAAACAUGACUGAACGCCUAAAGGAUAUUCUGGAAUACCUAUAUGAAAGUGAUAUACAUGUAUUCACCAAAGACAGGUUUUUUGAGGAAUUUGAUAGAAACCAAAUUCGCUUAUUUAACCAAUGGAUAGAUCUACAGCAUCAAAACUUUAUUCGAGAAAUGGAGGUUAUUUCGGGUUUGCUGGACCAGUUAGCGCACGAAGUGACAGCACACACUAAAGACAACAUUGCUAUGGAACGUUUUCUUGAGCAACUGAACAGAUUUCAGGGAGACUGUGGUAAUAUUGCGAGGAAGUACAACAGUCGUUGAGGCAGGCACUGUAGAUGUCUAUGGUCCAAUGUUCUAAAAUUUCUCAGGAAGAGAAUUUAUGAAUAUAAAAGAAAGCCUGCGGAGCCAGUGAAUAUUUUCUAUGAAUGAAUAUACUGUUUUAUCUAUGUGUUUGAUUUGAAAAUCUUAUCGUCGUUUAAGAAUCGUGUAUUCCCUUGUCAAGCUAUCUGUAAAGAAAGUAGUGGGUGUGUAGUAUGGUAUUUUAGUACGAAGUCUUAGCAACCUUCAUUGCUGAAAAGUCCGGCAUAGGUCAAAGUCAAUGGUACUUCGAAAUGCUUAUUUAUCAUCCAAGGAGAUUACUAAACUUUAGCGAUGUACAUAACCUUUUGUUGGCCUAACGACCACUAAUUGUUGGAUAAACACGGACCCCUGGAUAUACCAGAGUGCCUGGGGGAGUAAGCACCCCCUGUUGACCGGUCACAUCCUCCAUGAGCUCUAUAUUUUGAUACGGUAAACGGAGUAAUCUGUAGUCAAAAUCAAUGUGACAAGAACUGCCUACGAAUCGGUAUGAAACAUCAGACAGCCUUUGAUCCAAUGAUAGUUUGUAUUGGCAAACUAGAUGAUUAGGAAAGGUGAAUAUAAUGAACAGUGAUCAAUCUCGUAACUCCUAUAAGCAAAAAAAAAAUAAUAAUAGAGAAAUGGGCAAACACGGACCCCUGGAUACACCAGAGGUGGUAUCAGAUGUCUAGGAAGAGUAAGCAUUCCCUGUUGACAGAUUACAUGGGUCCUAUAUCUUGAUCAGGUAAACGGAAUUAUCCGUAGUCAAGUUCAGUGUGCUAAGAACGGCCUAACAAUCGCUAUGAAACAAUUCAGACAACAUUUGACCCAAUAAUAGGUUGUAUUGGUAGACUAGAUUGCUAUAACGACCAUAGAAUUUGCGAAACACUGACUUUAAGCGAGACUGUCGAAACCCCUGCACUAUCAACUUGUUUGUCAGUAGCCAGCCUCUAUUUAAAAACUGAUCGUACGCAGAACAAGCUCUUGCGUAUGGAAUCAGUUGAGAUAUAUCAACACCAUAUGCAAGUGAUAAUGGAAUGUGUUGCUACAUACAUGUAAAUAUGGGAAGUUGACGAUGAAGAAGCUGAAAUCAUCCCGUUUAUCAUGAAGUUGAGUUGUUAGUUUGCCGUUAAUAUUUAUUUUCAAUAAAAUAUCCAAAUAGGAAGCAGAAGUGGUCGACUCAUAUAAUCACUACAACUUUACAUCAAAGUAGAGAACAUGCUAUCAAAUAAUCAUGGAUAUCUACUCUUUAGCUAAUAAUAAUGAUAAUAAUUAGAUAACAAUGAUAUUUAUUUAUUUAGCGCCUUAUAUGAUUAUAAAUAAUCACUCUAAAGCGCUGUACACAAUAGAAAUUAUAUGGCCUGUUAUGAUAGUAAUUUAAGUGAAUUAUGAUGCAUAUAUGAUAGAUAGUAUUAUAAUUGUCUUAGCAAAACAACAAUAAAUAAAUGUAACUUAAAAUGAUUAAAAUUGAUUCAAGCUGUACUUGUAGGAAAGUCCCACACCAUACUGAUAACCGAUUAAAAAUACAGCAGUUGAAAUGAAUAUUUUAUGCAUUAAAAAAUCCUAUAAGAAUAAUUUUGUUCUUGAAAUUAUCAAAAUUUAACUUCCGACAUAUAAUAAGCGAGUCGAAGAAGAUGUAUUUUAAGGAAAGUCCGUGCUUUUACGUAUCCGGUUUUAAAUUUUAAACACCGACUAGAAAGUUCCAGUUAUAACUUCUUUGUCCGAUGUUUGUAGUUUACGAAAACUGUACGAGUCAAAUUUAGCAUUCAAAUGUGAAUCUUGGAUAUAUUUACCAUGAAUUAUUAUAGUAUCAAGUCCGCACUAGUUCCAAUGGUACAAAGCAAUGUAAUAUCUACAUUGAUCUCUAAAAGGCUCAUAGCUUGCAAUCUAAGCCUGAGCAAGUUAAAAAUCAUACAUAGGCGUGACCCUGACAGUGGAAUUCAAACUGUUUUUAGUGAGUUUGUGUUUGGUUCAAAGAAACCCAGAAUUAUAAAUCCUCAGAAAAUCAUCAGCAAAGCUGUUGAAUAUUUGAACUCUUCUUCACAAGUACUUUCAAGAAACAAAAUUAUUUGUACAUGAGCUGUAGUUGCUAGAAUCCACACAUAUGUUGCACUAUACAUGUAUUCAUUUUUUCUAUAAGUAUGAGAUAACAUGUAGGUAUUUUUAUGUAUGAUAUGAUUGAUAGCCAAACAAAAAAAAGAAUAACACACACACCAAAAAAAUUGUGAGAAAAAGGAAGGGGUGGGGGAGCCCCCCCCCCCCAUUCUUGUGUUCUAAUUGUCUGGUAGGACACAAUUUUCAGUAUGUUUUACAUAUAUAUAUAUAUAUUGUCAUAUUCUGUUAAUCUUGAUUUUAAGACUGUAUUUGCUGUUACAAUUUACUAUUUUCAAAGUGUGCAAAGAAUAAUUGUAAAACUUAAAUUUAAAAAUGGGGGUUUACGUACUUAAGAGACCAUUUUGCGAAAUAUCUCUGGUCAACUAUGGUAAAAUAUGUUUUUUUGUUAACCUUAGAUAUAAUGCUACAUAUUGUUAAAGAAAAACUGGCAGGUAAACAAUUUAGAUUUUGAGAAUUUUUCAAAAUUGCGAUAUUCUGUGAUUUUUUUCUGAAGGAUGUGAGCAGAUUAAAUAGCAGUUGUGUAUGUUUUCAAUUGAAUAUCUUUUAAAAUUCACUCAGUAGAUGAAUAGCUAUUGGUUUUUAUAUAUUAUAGCUUAAUAUGAUGUGCUUUGGUGCAUAUUUUUAAUAAAACAUGAGAUCAUGCA